AGGGCUUCAACAUGGCGGCUGCGGUACUGGCGGUGGCUACGGUGACGGCCUGGCCCGGGGCGGGUAGAGUUGGAGGGGGUGGCGUUCGUUCUCCCUAGGGGCCUCGGGAGCGCAGCGGGGAUUGCGCCCGGGAGGCCAGCCGGCGCCAGCACCUUUCGGCUUUCGGGGCGACGGCGGCGUUCAGGUUCUAAAUGGCUUCUAAGAAGUUGGGUACAGAUUUUCAUGGGACUUUCAGUUACCUUGACGAUGUCCCAUUUAAGAUAGGAGACAAAUUCAAAACACCAGCUAAAGUUGGUCUACCAAUUGGCUUCUCCUUGCCUGAUUGUUUGCAGGUUGUCAGAGAAGUGCAGUAUGACUUCUCCUUGGAAAAGAAAACCAUUGAGUGGGCUGAAGAUAUUAAGAAGAUCCAAGAAGCCCAGCGAGAAACAGAGCGUAAGGCUGAUGAAGCAGAAGCUAAAGUGAAUUCUAAGAGUGGCCCAGAGGGAGAUAGCAAAAUGGGCUUCUCCAAGCCUCAUAGUACAGCCGCAAUGCCACCUCCUAUUAACCCCAUCCUUGCCAGCUUACAGCACAACAACAUCCUCACUCCAACUCGGGUCAGCAAUAGUGCCACGAAACAGAAGGUUCUCAGCCCACCCCACACGAAGGCAGAUUUCAAUCCUGCUGACUUCGAGUGUGAAGAAGACCCAUUUGAUAAUCUGGAGUUAAAAACUAUAGACGAGAAGGAGGAGCUGAGAAACAUUCUGGUAGGAGCCUCUGGGCCCCUAGUGGUUCAGUUACUGGACAGUAACUUGCCCAGAGGAAACUCUGGGUCUGUGUUACAGGAUGAGGAGGUCUUGGCAUCCUUGGAGCGGGCAACCUUAGAUUUCAAGCCUCUUCACAAACCCAAUGGCUUUAUAACCUUACCACAGUUGGGCAACUGUGAAAAGAUGUCGCUGUCUUCCAAAGUGCCCCUCCCCCCUAUCCCUGCAGUAAGCAAUAUCAAAUCUCUGUCCUUUCCUAAACUUGACUCUGACGACAGCAAUCAGAAGACAGUCAAGCUGGCGAGCACUUUCCAUAGCACAUCCUGCCUCCGAAGCAGCACGUCCCGGAAUUCCCUAAAGCCUUCCUUCCAAAGCAGUGCCAGUGAGCUCAGUGAGGACCAUACUCGUGGGCUUUCAGCUUUGAACUUGGACAGUGGCACAGAGGUGCCAACCCUGACAUCCUCCCAGAUGCCUUCCCUGUCUAUCUUGUCUCUGUGUUCAGAAGAACCAUCACCUCCAAAUACAGGUCCCACUGUCACUCCUCUGAAUUUCUCAGUGUCACAAGUGCCCAACAUGCCCAGCUGUUCCCAGGCCUAUUCUGAACUGCAGACACUGUCCCCCAGUGAGCGGCAGUGUGUGGAGACAGUGGUCAACAUGGGCUACUCAUAUGAGUGUGUUCUGAGAGCAAUGAAGAAGAAAGGAGAGAAUAUUGAGCAGAUUCUCGACUAUCUCUUUGCACAUGGACAGCUUUGUGAGAAGGGCUUUGACCCUCUGUUAGUGGAAGAGGCUCUGGAAAUGCACCAGUGUUCAGAAGAAAAGAUGAUGGAGCUUCUUCAGUUAAUGAGCAAAUUUAAGGAAAUGGGCUUUGAACUGAAAGACAUUAAGGAAGUGUUGCUUUUACACAACAAUGACCAGGACAAUGCUUUGGAAGACCUUAUGACCCGGGCUGGAGCCAGCUGAGAUCAGGCCCCUGCCUAGGCCCUGCCACGGAACCACCAUCCCCAGGAGGCCCUGCACAGCUCAUCUGUGGGGAAGCAGGGACAUGCUUCCAAGUUUUCUUUUGGGGGUUAGAAGGUCAGGGGUGGAGACUGUUACUUGUCAGUCUCUGAGCCCAGACCGAGGUGGGGAGAUAACAGGAAGAUAAGGGUAUAUUAAUGCCCAGACCUGUCCUGACCCCUUCCAUAUUAAACAGAUUUGUAUUUUUGAGAAGUGUCCUUCCCACCUUGGCCUUUCAGAAAGAAUACCUGGAUCUUUCUGGGAUCUGUAUGGCCUGGCCUCCAAGAGAAAUGGGGAGAGAAGGGAGGGCCAGACUCAGUGCUGCUGCUUUGGGGUAGACUGAACUCUAACCCAAGUUGAAUGCAAGUGAAAAGGUUCUUCCAGGGUCUACCCCUCCCCUCCAAGAGUCUCCUAGUGUUACACUGGUUCUGUAAUGUCUCUGAGGUACAAAGGAUGCACUUUUCCUCAUGGAGCAGAGUCUGCUUCUUCUGCCAGGCAAUUCCCAUGCUUCCCCACCCAGACUGUGUCAUUUGACUUGGACUACAAUCCUCUGCUGUCCAGGGUGUUGGAGCCUAUGCUCUAGGAAGCUGUCAGUUUGAGUAAUCAUUGGCCCUUUCCCAGCACAUUGAGUGGGUGAGAAAACAGGCCAUAAUUUAGUCACCUAGCACUAAUCCCGUUCUCCUUGAACAGCCUCCUCCAGCCCUGCUUUAGGAUGACACAAUGAGUAACACCUAGUAUUAGAAAUCAGUUUCUUUGGUUUGUUUUGUAUUAUGUUGUACAUCAUUAAAGAUCUAAAUACAAAACAUAUACAUACAGUCUUGAUGAAUCUAAAAUAAUUUGCUAACUAUUUUGAUUCUUCAGAGAACUACUAAUAAAAAUCUAAAAGGUG